UGCGGGACAGCACCAGCCAAUGUGCUCCCUCUCACGCUCUCGGGGAGGGGAAGGCGAUUGCCCGCUCCGGUGUCACCGACGGUGACGACGAAGCAAGGAGAGUGUUGGCCGGGAGGGGGCUGCAGAGGCGCCGCCAUUUUGUGAGGCGGGUCGUGUGGUCAGGGCAGCUGCGUUAGGGAUAGCUGCCCUCCUCAUCCGCCACUGGCGCAAAGGAAGUGUUCCCCAGGGAUUAUUUGCAUCCCUCUUUUCAUGACAUCCUUGAAUGAGAGCUACCUGCUGAAGAGCCUGGUGUUGGGAGAUUCCUGAAGCACUUGUACUUCACGGAUAGCAAUGGAGUAUGAGAGGAGAGGUGGUCGUGGGGAUCGGACUGGUCGGUACGGUGCUAUUGACCAGACACUGGAUGAGAGGUCAGAAGGCCGGAACCAGAGGGACCAUGACUACAGAGAUAUGGAUUAUCGAUCCUAUAUGCGAGAUUUCAACAGUCAGGAGCCUACCAAUGACUAUGAUGAUUCCUCUGAGGAACAUAGUGUGGAGGAUUCCUAUGAGGCCUCCUCUGGAUCAGAAUCACAACGCAGAAAGCGGGACAGUCCCAGUGAGCAGCUGGGAUUUCCUGGUGAUGGUGACUACCGGGACCAGGACUACCGCACUGAGCAAGAGGAGGAAGAACAGAAGGCUAGCAGCAUCAUUAUGCUGAGGAUGCUGCCCCAGUCUGCCACUGAAAACGAUAUUCGGGCCCAGCUGCAGUCACAUGGAUUCCAGCCCCGUGAGGUGCGGCUGAUGCGGAAUAAAGCUUCAGGUCAGAGCCGGGGCUUCGCCUUCGUCGAGUUUAAUCACUUGCAGGACGCUACACGAUGGAUGGAAGCCAAUCAGCACUCCCUCACUAUCCUUGGCCAGAAGGUCUCCAUGCACUACAGUGACCCUAAACCCAAGAUCAAUGAGGACUGGCUCUGCAGUAAGUGUGGAGUGCAGAAUUUCAAGCGCAGAGAGAAGUGUUUCAAGUGUGGCAUUCCCAGAUCUGAAGCUGAGCAGAAGCUACCCCCUGGUAGUCGUUUGGACCAGCUGGUGGCUCUGUCAGGACGUGAACUCAGCCAAGGCCUUCUGCCCCUUCCACAGCCCUACCAAGUUUCAGCAGCCCUAUCCACUCAGCCUGUGGCCCAAAUGUCUGAACCCUGUGCGGAGAAUGCUAAUGACACAAUCAUCUUGAGAAACCUGAAUCCUCAUAGCACGAUGGACUCCAUUUUAAGUGCCUUGGCACCAUACGCUGUUCUUUCCUCCUCAAAUGUCCGUGUUAUCAAAGACAAGCAGACACAACUCAACCGUGGCUUUGCUUUCAUUCAGCUGUCUACUAUUGUGGAGGCAGCUCAGCUGCUGCAGAUCCUUCAGGCCCUACAUCCACCACUGAACAUUGAUGGCAAGACAAUUAAUGUAGAAUUUGCCAAAGGUUCCAAGCGGGACAUGAGUUCAUCAGAUGGAAACCGCAUCAGCGCUGCGUCUGUAGCCAGCACUGCCAUUGCAGCUGCGCAAUGGGCUAUCUCACAGGCAUCUCAGGGUGGUGAGGCAGCCUGGGCAGGUCAGGAUGAGCAGUCUGUGGAUUAUGGCUAUUACCAGCAGGAUGAGGCCUAUGGCACUCAGGGUUUGGAGGCCACAAUGUACUCACAAACAUAUUUGAAAGGGUCCCAGCCACAGACUGGCACAUCUGGGACAGCAGCUAUUGGGAAGGCUGAUAAGAUCCACAGCGAAGGCUCGGUGGCAGUAGCCGAGGCUUCAUCAGAGCCUGGUGUGCCAGGCAUAGAUCCUGUGCCUGUCCUAUCGACUUUCCCCCAUACCACCCAGUCCUCAGCUGUACCAGUCACAUAUCAGCCAUCUGGCAGCACUGAAGGGGCAAGUUCUGCCCAGGGAAAUGCUGCUGCUGCUCAGUCUCAGUCGUAUACUAUAGUCUCACCAGCUGUGCUGAAACCUGAUGUGCCUAAUGCUGCUCAGCCCUCUAAUGCGACUCCGUGUGUAUCCACCAGCACUUCUAGUUUGCCGGUUUCCAGCUCUGUAGGGCAAGAACCUUACACACAAUACCCUGUCCCAGAUGUCUCCACCUAUCAAUAUGAUGAAAGUUCUGGCUACUAUUAUGAUCCCUUAACUGGCCUCUACUAUGACCCUAAUUCCCAGUAUUACUACAAUGCACAGACCCAGCAGUACCUGUAUUGGGAAGGUGAAAGGCGCACUUACGUCCCAGCCUCAGAUCAGGCGUCUGACAGCCAUAAAGAUGGCAGUGGAUCAGCGGGUGGCAGCGGCAAGGAGGGUAAAGAGAAGAAGGAGAAACAUAAAACAAAAACAGCCCAGCAAAUUGCAAAAGAUAUGGAGCGCUGGGCACGUAGCCUCAACAAGCAGAAGGAGAACUUCAAGAACAGCUUCCAGCCUGUUUCCUCUAUACGAGAGGAUGAAAGGCGAGAAUCAGCCACAGCUGAUGCUGGCUAUGCCAUACUUGAGAAAAAGGGGGCUUUGGCUGAGAGACAGCACAGUGGCAUGGACCUGUCUAAGCUUGCUGGUGAUGACAGGCUGAGUCCACCACGAGGAUUAGUGGCGGCUUACAGUGGUGAGAGUGACAGUGAGGAGGAACAGGAGAAGGCUGCUGAUCGAGAAGAGAAAUUGACUGAUUGGCACAAGCUGGCUUGCCUGCUUUGUCGUAGACAGUUUCCCAGCAAGGAGGCACUUAUUCGUCAUCAGCAGCUCUCGGGAUUACACAAGCAAAAUUUGGAGAUUCAUCGGCGGGCACACUUGUCAGAGCAGGAGCUUGAAGCACUUGAGAAAAAUGAUAUAGAGCAGAUGAAAUAUCGAGAUCGUGCAGCUGAGCGAAGGGAAAAGUAUGGUGUUCCUGAGCCACCAGAACCCAAGAAAAGGAAGUAUUCAGCUGUGACACCAGCCACUGUGGAUUUUGAACAACCAACACGGGAUGGACUUGGCAGUGACAACAUUGGCAGCCGCAUGCUACAGGCUAUGGGCUGGAAAGAGGGCAGUGGUUUGGGUCGCAAGAAACAGGGCAUUGUUGCCCCCAUAGAGGCCCAAACACGAGUGCGUGGGUCUGGCUUAGGGGCACGUGGCAGCUCUUAUGGGGCAGUAGCAUCAGAGUCCUACCGUGAGGCAUUGCACAAGACAAUGCUAACUCGUUUCAAUGAGUCAGAAUAAGCUCUUAGAGGAGCACUCCACCUGUACAGUAUUUUGCUGCUGACUGUCUCCCUUCACCCCUCUCCCUGACUUUCACACAAUGUUCCUUUUGGUUGACUUUUUUUUAAUUAAAUGUUGAAAUGGA